CCUGACAGUUCUGUACUGAUAUCUCAGCACACAGAGAACAACAGCACUUCACUCAUUUCCUACUGAACCCACCAACAACAUGAGCACAGAUUUUACAGGAAAAGAAAUCUAUCAGGAUGAGUUUGACCCAAAUGGAUAUUUAAAUACAUAUUAUGAUCUGAAAAAUGGUGUUUUGGUGAAGGACGGAUUUCUGAAGUUUGCGCUGAGGAAGCUUUUUGAGACAUUCAUCGUCAGAGGUAUUAAGGGGGACCUCUUGAUAGACAUUGGCCAUGGACCUACUAUUUAUCAGGACCUGUCAGCUUGUGAAUCCUUCAAAGAGAUCAUCGGCGCCGAUUAUACCGAUCGGCAAAGAGAUUACUAUAAAAGGAGUCUGAGGAAUGAACCAGGAACAUUUGACUGGACUGAAGUUAUAAAAUCAGUUUGUGAGAUGGAAGGAAAAGGGACAACGGUUGAGGAAAAGAGAGAAAAGCUGAGAAAAACUGUGACGAAAACAAUAAAAUGUGACGUAACUAAGAGCCGACCAAUGGAUCCCAUAGUUCUACCAAAGGCCGACUGUGUAAUGACACUCGGAUGUCUGGAAUGCGCUUGCAAAGAUUUAGACACUUAUAGAAAUGUCCUUAAAAAUAUCUCCCCACUGCUAAAAAUAGGGGGACAUUUAGUUAUCACAGAAAUUCUAAAUUGCACCUCGUACUUGUCAGGGGGGAAAAAGUUUUCAUGCUUAACAUUAACCGAGGAUUUUAUGAGAAAGGCAAUUGUUGAGACUGGCUUUGAGAUUAUUGACCUAGAGGUCGUCCCUAGAGAAUAUGACAAAGAGCAAUUUGAUAUCUGUGACCAUGACUCAAGCUUGUUUGUGGCCGCGCGAAAAGUGAAAGAGCCAUAAACGUGAGAUGUUAUACUUAUAAAAGGGAAAUAAUUAUAAACGUAUCAGAUAUUAGCACAAUAUUGUACUGUACUACAAGUUUAAUGAGCUAGUAGCGCAUCACAUUAAUGCACUUGCAAAACAGUUAACCCAACGACACAAAAUGUGCUUCUCAAUCCAUGAUUUAAAGUUAAAGCUUUGUUUAUAAUGUAGUUAAGGCAAAUAUUUUAUAGCUUUUUAGUCAUUCAAUAAUAGAGAAAAUUUAAUAAAAUCUUUUUUUUAAAUAUA